AUGCCCACAGGCAGCCUCCAUUCAUUCUCCUCCCCACCCCUGACCCCUCUCCUGAAGCCCCAGAACCAGCCGCCCUCCCCCCAUCGGCCCUUACCCUCCGGACAAGAGUCCCUCCCCUGCCCCCGCACCCCGCGAGAACCUGUCACCCCACCAAGUGAGAGGCUGGCGAAGAGGCCCACCUCACCCCUGCCCUCGGCACGGCGCCCCGGGGGUGCAGCCGUCCCCUCCGCCGCCGAGGAGGGGCGAAGUGCGGGCCCGGCCCGCCUCUCCUCCGCAGGGACUAGCCAGCUCUGCGGGGCCCCGCCAGAGAUAGCGCGUAAUAAGAGGGAGGGGAAAGCUCUCCGAACACCCCUUCCCGGGGUUCCCUCUCCAGCAAGGGAGCCCCUUGCCCCAGCCCCUCGGGGCCUCCCAGACCGGGGUCAUGGUGCCAGGGCUGCCCCGAGAAGCCCCCAUGAAAAGAAGGGGGAGACACCCCCAUACUCACCCACCGUCUCCUCCCCCUCAGCUGUUUACCUCACAGUUCCUCCAGCCUACAGGGCGCCGCCAUCUUGGACGUACAGCACCUCCCCCCGUCGUGAAAUGUCCACGGCCGCUGCAGCCUCCGCCACGAAAAAGAGUUCCCAGUUGGGUCUCGCCUGCCUCUCGACUCCAGUGACAGAUGACCGCAGCCGGCAGCCCCGUUGGACGGAAGAGGCCGUCCUGUUCAUUACUGAUAAUGCGGGCGGCACCCUGGAGCCUCCUUGUGGCAGGAGCUCCCCAGCUGGGCUUUCUCCACCAGUCGAGGUCCGCCUGUCUCAAUGUGACAAGAAACAAAGGAGCUGAGCCCGUGUUGGCAGGGGGUGCUGCCUCUAUGCAUGUGAUAGACCUCCACUACACUUGUCUGGGCAGCGUCUCCCCCUCCCCUUCCUGGGGCCACCACAGCACCACCCUCAAGCCACAGGCACCUGGGCCCAGCCUAGCCAAUCGCAGAUCCCCAUUCUCUAGCUGUUGGACAUGUGACUUGAGCUGGACCAAUCAGGGUGCUUCCCUGGGUCUCUAUAUGGGUGCGAAAAGAGAGAUUGUGUCUUUCCCAUUGGGUCACUAAACCAGGGUGAGGAAGCUGUGACCCUCCACUUCCCCGUGUCCUACAUCAAGCCCUGAGAGAAGUCCAGCCGACAGAUGGAGAAGACCUACAUGGCAACAGUGAUAGAGAUGGAAAAAGAAAUCUGAUUUGCUAUCUCCUGAGUUUUCAGAGUCCCUAGAGGCUGGAUUUGCGCUGGCCUCCCAAGUGCCAUGAGGCAACAACUAUUUUGGCCGACGCUGGUUUUGGGUACAGGUUUCUCUCUUUUGCAAACAGAAGGCCUCCCAGGUGCAAUGAGAUCUGAAGGCCUUUGGAAGGACACCACUAGUACAAAAUACUCCUCCCUCAUCCGCUGACGUGGUCCUCUUGCAUGGGCUUUCAGCCCCUCGCUGUCUAGCCCUGUGUCCAAAAGAUGAAGACAAUACAUGU